GGGCGGGACGGGGCGGCCCGCGGUGGGCGUGGCGCACGGUCGCCAUCUUGGCGCGGAGCGGGCGCGCCCGGCGCUGGCCGGUGCCCGUGGCCGGUGCUGCCGCCCGGCAUGCGGGGGCCGGCGCUGCUGGAGGACGCGGAGAACGAGGAGGACGUCUCGGAAGAAGACGAUGUGGUGCUGGAGGGACUGGAGGAGUUUUUUGCAGAAGAGCAAGUGGCCGUGCAGAAAAAAAAGAAAUCCAAGAAGCUGAAAGACGGCAAGGCUGCCAAAACCAAGAGGAGGAAGAAGGAGGGGAGCAAUGAUGACAUGUCAGACAACGAAGAGGAGAUCGAGGAGAAAUCCGAGAGUGAAGGGAGCGACUAUUCCCCCAACAAAAAGAAGAAGAAAAAACUGAAGGACAAGAAGGAGAAAAAGCCAAAACGGAAGAAGGAUGAAGAGGAGGAUGACAACGACGAUGGAGGGCUGAAGGAGCCCAAGAGCUCAGCCCAGCUGAUGGAGGAGUGGGGCCUGGAUGACGUGGAUUACGUUUUCUCGGAGGAGGAUUAUCAUACUCUUACUAAUUACAAGGCUUUCAGCCAGUUCCUCAGGCCCCUGAUCGCCAAGAAGAACCCCAAGAUCCCCAUGUCCAAGAUGAUGACCGUGCUUGGCGCCAAGUGGCGGGAGUUCAGCGCCAAUAACCCCUUCAAGGGCAGCUCGGCAGCCGCCGCAGCCGCGGCCGUUGCUGCCGCGGUGGAGACGGUCAGCAUCGCGCCCGGGCUGGCCGCCAGCCCCCAGCCGUCCCCCCUGCCCCCCGUUGUCAGGAAGGCCAAGACCAAGGAGGGCAAGGGUCCAGGCGUGCGGAAGAAAAUCAAGGGCUCCAAAGACGGGAAGAAAAAGGGGAAGGGGAAAAAGAUGGCAGGCUUGAAAUUCCGGUUUGGAGGAAUCCCCAGCAAAAGGAAAAAGGGCUCCUCUAGCGAAGAGGAGGAACGGGAGGAAUCCGACUUGGACAGCGCCAGCGUCAACAGCUCGUCGGUGCGCUCCGAGUGCUCGGCUGGCCUGGGGAAGAGAGGGAAGAGGAGGAGAAAGAAAAAGAGGAUUGAAGAAGGGGAUGGCUACGAGACAGACCACCAGGACUACUGCGAGGUGUGCCAGCAGGGCGGGGAGAUCAUCCUGUGCGACACCUGUCCCCGCGCCUACCACCUGGUGUGCCUGGACCCCGAGCUGGAGAAGGCGCCCGAGGGCAGGUGGAGCUGCCCCCACUGCGAGAAGGAGGGCAUCCAGUGGGAGCCGAAGGAGGAGGAGGAGGAGGAGGAGGAAGGCGGCGAGGAGGAGGAGGACGACCACAUGGAGUUCUGCCGGGUCUGUAAGGACGGCGGGGAGCUGCUGUGCUGCGACACCUGCCCGUCCUCCUACCACCUGCACUGCCUGAACCCGCCGCUGCCAGAGAUCCCCAACGGGGAAUGGCUCUGCCCUCGCUGUACGUGCCCACCCUUGAAGGGCAAAGUCCAGCGCAUCCUGCACUGGGCCUGGAAGGAGCCGCCGGCCGCCCCCGUCCCGCCCGCGCUGGGGCCUCCGGGCGCGGAGCUGCCGCUGCCCCCGCCCAAGGCGCUGGGGGGGAUCCCGGAGCGCGAGUUCUUCGUGAAAUGGGCAGGUCUGUCCUACUGGCACUGCUCCUGGGUCAAGGAGCUGCAGCUGGAGCUCUACCACACCGUCAUGUACCGCAACUACCAACGCAAGAACGACAUGGACGAGCCACCGGCCUUCGACUACGGCUCUGGGGACGAGGACAGCCAGCGGGAGAAGCGCAAGAGCAAAGACCCGCAGUACGCCAAGAUGGAGGAGCGGUUCUACCGCUAUGGCAUCAAGCCCGAGUGGAUGAUGAUCCACCGCAUCCUGAACCACAGUUUUGACAAGAAGGGAGACGUCCACUACCUGAUCAAGUGGAAGGACCUGCCGUACGACCAGUGCACCUGGGAGAUCGACGACAUCGACAUCCCGUACUACGAGAACCUCAAGCAGCUCUACUGGAACCACAGGGAGCUGAUGCUGGGGGAGGACACGCGCCCGCUGAAGAAGCUGAACAAGAAAGGGAAAAAGCUGAAAGAGGAGAAGCUGGAAAAGCCCCCAGAAAGGCCUCUGGUGGAUCCCACAGUGAAGUUCGACAAGCAGCCGUGGUACAUCGACACCACCGGAGGGACGCUCCACCCGUACCAGCUGGAGGGGCUGAACUGGCUGAGGUUUUCCUGGGCCCAAGGGACAGAUACGAUCCUGGCCGACGAGAUGGGGCUGGGGAAGACGGUGCAGACUAUUGUGUUCUUGUACUCCCUGUACAAGGAGGGCCACUCGAAAGGGCCGUACCUGGUCAGCGCCCCUCUCUCCACCAUCAUCAACUGGGAGCGUGAGUUUGAGAUGUGGGCACCUGACUUCUACGUCGUCACCUACACGGGGGACAAAGAAAGCCGCUCUGUCAUCCGGGAGAACGAGUUUUCUUUUGAGGACAACGCCAUCCGCAGUGGAAAGAAGGUUUUCCGGAUGAAGAAGGAAGCCCAGAUCAAGUUCCACGUCCUGCUCACCUCCUACGAGCUGAUCACCAUUGACCAGGCGGUGCUGGGCUCCAUCGAGUGGGCCUGUCUGGUGGUGGAUGAGGCGCACAGGCUGAAGAACAACCAGUCCAAAUUCUUCAGAGUGUUAAACUGCUACAAGAUCGAUUACAAGCUGCUGCUCACCGGGACUCCGCUCCAGAACAACCUGGAAGAGCUCUUCCACCUGCUCAACUUCCUGACUCCCGAGAGGUUUAAUAACCUGGAGGGGUUCCUGGAGGAGUUUGCUGACAUCUCCAAGGAGGACCAGAUCAAAAAGCUCCAUGAUCUGCUGGGUCCCCACAUGCUGCGGCGGCUCAAGGCCGAUGUGUUCAAGAACAUGCCAGCCAAGACGGAGCUGAUCGUGCGGGUGGAGCUGAGCCAGAUGCAGAAGAAGUACUACAAGUUCAUCCUGACGAGGAAUUUCGAAGCCCUGAACUCGAAAGGUGGUGGGAACCAGGUCUCGCUGCUCAACAUCAUGAUGGACCUGAAGAAGUGCUGCAACCAUCCGUAUCUCUUCCCGGUGGCGGCCGUGGAGGCCCCGGUUCUGCCCAACGGAUCCUACGAUGGGAAUUCUUUGGUCAAAUCUUCUGGGAAACUGAUGCUGCUCCAAAAGAUGCUGAAGAAGUUACGGGAUGGGGGUCACAGAGUUCUGAUCUUCUCUCAGAUGACGAAGAUGCUGGACUUACUGGAGGAUUUCCUGGAGUAUGAAGGCUACAAGUACGAGCGGAUCGACGGGGGCAUCACCGGUGGCCUGCGCCAGGAGGCCAUCGACAGGUUUAACGCUCCUGGUGCUCAGCAGUUCUGCUUUCUCCUCUCUACCCGUGCUGGCGGUCUGGGCAUAAACCUUGCUACGGCCGACACAGUCAUUAUUUAUGAUUCUGACUGGAAUCCCCACAAUGACAUCCAGGCGUUCAGCAGAGCUCACCGCAUCGGGCAGAACAAGAAGGUGAUGAUCUACCGCUUCGUGACCAGAGCCUCGGUGGAGGAGCGCAUCACCCAGGUGGCCAAGCGGAAGAUGAUGCUCACGCACCUCGUGGUGCGCCCAGGGCUGGGCUCCAAGUCGGGCUCCAUGACCAAGCAGGAGCUGGACGACAUCCUCAAGUUUGGGACGGAAGAGCUGUUCAAGGAUGAUGUGGAAGGCACGGUGUCCCAGGGACAGCGCGUUGCUGUGCCGGAUGCUGUCACCCCUUUCUCUGAUACCCUGUCAACCAAAGGGGGUACAGCGACUACUGGCAUGAAAAAGAAGCACGGUGGUACCCCCCCAGGUGACAAUAAGGACGUGGAUGACAGCAGUGUGAUCCACUAUGACGAUGCUGCCAUCUCUAAGCUUCUGGACCGCAACCAGGAUGCGACCGAUGACACGGAGCUGCAGAACAUGAACGAGUAUCUCAGCUCCUUUAAAGUGGCCCAGUAUGUUGUGAGAGAAGAGGACGGUGUGGAGGAGGUGGAACGCGAGAUCAUCAAGCAAGAGGAGAACGUGGACCCCGACUACUGGGAGAAGUUGCUGCGACACCACUAUGAGCAGCAGCAGGAAGAUCUGGCCAGGAACCUGGGGAAAGGGAAGAGGAUCCGCAAGCAGGUCAACUACAACGACACCUCGCAGGAGGACCAAGAGUGGCAGGAUGAGCUCUCUGACAACCAGUCCGAGUACUCCAUCGGCUCCGAGGACGAGGACGAAGACUUUGAAGAGAGGCCAGAAGGUCAGAGUGGCAGGAGACAAUCCCGGCGGCAGCUGAAGAGUGACCGGGACAAGCCGCUCCCUCCUCUGCUGGCGAGAGUUGGGGGGAACAUCGAGGUCCUCGGCUUCAACGCGCGGCAGCGCAAGGCGUUCCUGAACGCCAUCAUGCGCUGGGGGAUGCCGCCCCAGGACGCCUUCAACUCCCACUGGCUGGUGCGGGACCUGCGCGGGAAGAGCGAGAAGGAGUUCAGGGCCUACGUCUCCCUCUUCAUGAGACAUCUGUGUGAACCCGGGGCAGACGGUGCCGAAACCUUUGCGGACGGCGUUCCCCGGGAAGGGCUGUCCCGGCAGCACGUGCUGACCCGCAUAGGGGUCAUGUCGCUAGUGAGGAAGAAGGUCCAGGAGUUCGAGCAUGUCAACGGGAAGUACAGCACCCCGGACCUGGUUCUUGAGGGCCCGGAGAGCAAGAAGUCCAUGGAGAUUGUGUCUUCAGACCCCACCACCCCCGUCCCCACCAGCCCCGCGCACACGCAGGCGGGACCGCCAGCCCUGGCAGACAAACCAGAAAUGCAGCUCGGGUUCCAGGAGGAGAAGGAGCAAGGGGAGCACGUGUCCAGGAAGGCGUCUGACAGCCAGGUGCCUGCGAGUGCCGAGAAGGGGGAAAGCGAAGAGCACCUGGAGAGCUGUGAGAGCAAGGAGAAACCCAGGGAGGAGAAGCAAGAGGAGAGUGAAAAGGCUGAGCCUUCUCCUGAGCCCCCGCUGAAAGACGAGGGGGUUCCAGAGAAGGAGAAGCCUUUGGAGAAGCCGGAGCUGAGCAGCAGCACAGGGAAAGGGGAAGAUAAAGAAGUCAAAGCAGAGGAUGCCAAGGCGGAGGAGAAGGAGCACAGCGAGGCUCAGCAAAACGGGGACAGAGAGGACGACGAGGAUGGAAAGAAGGAUGACAGAAGUGUGAACUUCCGAUUCAUGUUCAACAUUGCAGAUGGUGGUUUUACAGAGCUGCACACGCUGUGGCAGAACGAGGAGCGGGCUGCCAUCUCCUCCGGCAAGAUCUACGACAUCUGGCACCGCCGACACGACUACUGGCUGCUGGCAGGAAUUGUCACUCACGGCUACGCCCGCUGGCAGGACAUCCAGAACGACCCGCGGUACGUGAUCCUGAACGAGCCCUUCAAGUCGGAGGUGCACAAGGGGAACUACCUGGAGAUGAAGAACAAGUUCCUCGCCCGGCGGUUCAAGUUGCUGGAGCAGGCCCUGGUGAUCGAGGAGCAGCUGCGGCGGGCCGCGUACCUCAACAUGACCCAAGACCCUAGUCACCCGGCCAUGGCCCUGAACGCGCGGCUGGCUGAAGUGGAGUGCCUUGCCGAGAGCCACCAGCACCUCUCCAAAGAGUCCCUGGCCGGCAACAAGCCUGCGAAUGCUGUCCUGCACAAGGUGCUGAACCAGCUCGAGGAGCUGCUGAGCGACAUGAAGGCCGACGUGACGCGCCUGCCCUCCAUGCUGUCCCGCAUCCCGCCCGUGGCUGCCCGGCUGCAGAUGUCGGAGCGGAGCAUCCUCAGCCGCCUGGCCACCCGUGGCGGGGACCCGGCCACCCAGCAGGGCUCCUUCGGCUCCUCCCAGAUCUACAACAGCAACUUUGGGCCGAAUUUCCGAGGUCCUGGGCCAGGCGGGAUUGUCAACUACAGCCAGAUGCCGCUGGGACCGUACGUGACCGAUAUUUAGCUGUUCACGCCGUCCUCCUCGCAGCCCCGUCUCCAGCUGAGCAGCCCCAGGGCCGUUCCCCAGCCGAAAGCCGCUCUGGCUGGAGGACGGGCAGCGCGGCGGUGCCCGUGUGGAAGACGAGCUGCCGCCGGCGCUGCCGGGCUCUCCCGCUCCCGCUUCACGUGUGCUUCGAGCAACGCGACCCCGCCGGCGCCGCAGCAGUGCCGGGGGGGCUCAUUUCCGUGUACAUUUUUUGCACUUUCUUAUUGAAGACUUGAAGAGUUUGUCUGGGCGAGGUGGGCCGAGCUGGGGGGGAGGAGAGGCUCCGUUUCUGUCUGGUGUUCUUGCCGCGUGUGGGUGUGCGGGGCGGCCGGCGGGGGUCUGGCCGCUCCGGGGUGCCCGGCCGGGGCCGAGCUGCUCCCACUUCCCCCCAAGGUCCAUUUCUGCGUCCUUGUGGUGUUUGAGCAAGUGCCACGUCUGGCGCCAGCCCCGCUGCCGGUCCCUGCGCUGCCCGGGGACGCGGCUGUCCCGGCAGCAGGGCGCACGGCGGAGGUGACGUGGGCAGGAGGGAGGGACAGCCGGAGCUGGGCUGGGGACACCUCGAGUGUGGCGACACUGGCCGUGUCGCGGUGGUGGCCCCUUGCCAGAGCUGGCAGCAGCCGUUAGCAACGCCCCCGCGUUCUCUUCGUGCUCCAUGUGUCCCGGUUUCUGUUCUCUGUGUUUUAAUAAAUCCUUUCGGAAGGGAAGGGUGUCGCAGCGGCCUGGCGGGCGCGGGCGGGGGCGACCGUGCUGGUGCGGACGGGGGGCUCUGGGGGUCCCGGCUGCGGUCACAGUCCCUGCACCCCCCCCAGUCACCGGUCCAGCAGCCCCUGGUGCUCCCACACACUCCUGUGCACUCACGGACAGACAGACAGACCUGUGUGUGUCUGUACAUGUAGAUCUAUGUUGUGAUUUUUAUACGGGUGCAUAUACACAUACAUAUAUGUACCUAUACCUACAUACAUGUAUGUAUGUGUGUACCUCUACACAUAUAUGUAGGUGUGCAAACACAUGUCAAUAUACAUAGAAUUGUCAUUUUUGGA